GACAUCAAGGGUCCGACUAUAACUCGGUAAAGAGAGUGGCUCAACUCUGUGGGUUUGGAGGGUCUUUGUGGAUGAUUCCGGAUCUCAGCGUGGAUGCUGGUUUGAGCCACGCCCAGUUCCAGGUUCGGCCCAUCCCUCAGCACUAUCAGCAUUACCUAGCGACGCCUCGAAUGCACCACUUUCCCAGAAACUCUUCUUCCACGCAGAUGGUCGUCCAUGAAAUCAGAAAUUACCCCUAUCCCCAGCUUCACUUCCUUGCUCUUCAGGGACUGAAUCCAAACAGACACACAUCGGCAGUGAGGGAAAGCUACGAGGAGCUACUUCAGCUGGAGGACAGACUGGGCAGUGUGAGCCGAGGAGCUGUACAGAACACCAUCGAGAGGUUCACCUUCCCCCACAAGUACAAGAAA